UCACGCUAAAAAAGGUUUCGUUAUCAAUUUACAUCGACUAUAUAAAAUUCUAGUCAAGGUCUGCAUUUAUAGGGUUCAAUUGAAAGAUGUGCUGUACAAUGCUACAAUAACCAUCGAAAAAAUUUUACUCCUUUUGAUAAUAGGUUCUUCAAACUUUUUUAUUGAAACAAUGCUUUUGCAAUAUUAAAAGCACUCAUUUUUUAUGUAUCCAAAAAGAGUCUUUACUUUAAUUAUUUGACUUGUUUCAUACACAAUUUUUAUUCAAUAAAUUGAAAUUGAGGUGAAAUGCAAGUAUCGCAAACAAAAUCGUCAAAUGUCAAAACAUUUAGCACAAAGAAAGAACAAGACGACCAUGCAUUACAGUGGUUAUACAAUGCAGUUUCAAAACUUAUGCAAGAAACGAAUUCAAAUGAAAAUAUAUCAUUUGAUAGUAUAAUCAAUCAACUAAAACAAUACAAAUUAAUCAAACCCUUGAAACAAGAUGAAAAGUGUUCCCUUAAUUAUGUAAAUAAGAAAUGUAAUCAGAAAGAAGGCAGCUUUUCGUAUCACGACUGUCCUUACAUUUUCCGUCAUUCACAAAAUGAAGAACAAGAUUAUGAUGCUAAUAAAACAGGAAAUGCAGAAAUACCGUUAAAAAAAAAUUCAAUGUCAACUACUACAUUACAAUCUUUUGAAGAUGUCAAAUCUGGCGCUUCCGGAACCACUAAUUCACAAACUCUCACUCAUGUUGGAUUCGAUUCUUUAAAAAUAGACGAAAAUUGUAAUCACAAACAAUGUCCAUCAAGACUUAGUUGUUAUAAUCUUGCUGAGUCUACAACAGAUCUCUAUGACAAUGACUCCACUUGUAAAAAAAAAUACGAGUUACCAGCAUCCAUACAAGAUAAUGCCCGACUAAAAAAAGACACAGAUAUUACCCGUAUUCGAGGUAGUCGUGUGACAGCGUCCCGGGACAAUUGGGUAGUUGAUCCAGAAACAGGGGCGAAUCUCAACUAUAGUGACCGAAGUGCCGUCAAAAGUCUCCAUGGAGAUUCUAACGUGGAUUCAACACAAAAUGGUAUUAUCGAAGAUAAUAGUGUUUUGAGUACUAUGAUAAGUUGGAACCAACAGAUAGAAGAGAUAAGCGAUUCGUACGCAGCGCAAAAAUACGCGUUUAAUCAACACUCGACGUCAAGUAGUUUUGUGCAAUCCCGUGGAUCAAAUAGUUUUAAAGAAACAUGUAAUUUAAACACAAAGCAAACGUUAUUAAGGAAAUUUCUUGAAAACAAAGCUGAGAAAAAAGGACAAUCUCAAUGGUCCUCACCACUUUCGUUAGCUUUGUCCUCUUGCAUUGAUGUGGAUAGUGUAGAUGCCAUACAGAUUAUCGCAACGGUAACAAUGCUACGUGAUGUGUUUAUUUAUGAUUAUGGAGAAGUUCCGUCGCUUUGCAUAUUUGAGAAUACGAAACCGCAUCCCUUGGGAGAGGGUUCUACGGAGCCAAUUUUUGACGUAAAUCGCGCACCCAUAUUACCUCCUUGUGAUGCGUCAUAUCGCAUGGAGAAUGGUGUAUUUCAAGUCUACUGGAAUCCCCAAUCUGAGUUAGCCAUUCCAACGCAUUUCUCAAAAGAAUUAGGCGGAAGCCCUAUACCUUAUUUUGAUGGGAAGCCGUUACUUGCGUGGAGACGACCCAUACCUUCUCUUACUUGUUUUUUAAGAUUACUGAAAUAUAUAAUGGAAGCUACACAAAACCCAGGGUGUAAAACGUUUGCUUUUCGCCGUUUAGUGUAUUUACGAAGUUGCUACAAUAUGCAUCAAAUGUUUAAUGGUGCGUCAGAGCUUCUUGAAGUUAAAGAAAAUACCCAUCGAGAUUUUUAUAAUGUGAGAAAAGUGGAUACUCAUGUGCACCAUUCAGCUUGUAUGCAUCAAAAACAUCUUUUACGUUUUAUACGGAAAAAGUAUCGUACGGAACCAGAUCAAAUUGUUGCUCGUGGUGAAAACGGAUCUCCUUUGACGCUUCAACACAUUUUUGAUUCGGUCGUUGGCGUGAAUGCCUGGGAAGCGUCAGUCGAUUUACUAAAUGUCCAUGCGCUUGGAACCUGCUUUCAUCGCUUUGAUAAAUUCAAUUCAAAGUAUAAUCCUUUUGGCCAAGCGCUUCUCAGAGAAGUAUUUUUAAAAACCGACAAUAUGAUCAAGGGUCGCUAUUUAGCUGAAAUCACCAAAGAAGUUGUGGCUGAUUUAGAAGACGGGAAAUAUCAGUUUGUUGAAUGGCGUGUUUCAAUAUAUGGGAAAUCAUAUGAUGAAUGGAGUAAGCUGAGUCGUUGGAUUGUAGAUAACAAAUUAACGUCGAAACAAAUUCGCUGGAUGAUUCAAGUUCCUCGACUCUUUCAUGUCUAUCGAAAGUUACAAUUAAUCAGUAGUUUUGCCGAUUUGUUAAGUAAUAUAUUCAAACCCUUAUUUGAAGUUGUAAAAGACCCUGAUAGACAUCCGGAAAUUUAUCGUGUUUUAUUACAAAUGAAUGGCUGGGACUCUGUGGAUGACGAAAGCACCGAAAGUAAAUUUACUAGUGAAGGCGGAACCUUACCUCUUCCUGAGGAAUGGUGCGAACCCACAAAUCCUCCUUAUUCAUAUUGGGCUUACUAUAUGUAUGCCAAUAUACAAAGCUUGAAUCAGCUGCUUUAUGCUCGUGGAUUGAGACCCCUUCCUUUUCGACCUCACUGUGGUGAAGCCGGUUCAAUAAGUCAUUUGGCCUCUAUGUUUUUAUUGGCUGAUAAGAUCAAUCAUGGAAUUAUCUUAAGAAAAUCUCCUUUACUACAGUAUUUGUAUUAUCUUCGACAAAUCGGUUUAUCUGUCUCUCCUUUAUCCAACAACGCUUUGUUCCAUUCUAUUAUGAAAAACCCUUUUUAUGAUUAUUUUACCAUUGGAAUGAAUGUUGCGUUAUCGUCCGAUGAUCCUCUUAUGUUUCAUUUUACAGAGGAAGCAUUGUUAGAAGAGUAUUCUUGCUGUGCGCAUGUUUGGAGGUUGUCACCUGUAGACUUGUGCGAGAUUGCUCGUAACUCUGUUUUACAAAGUUAUUUUGAACCUCGAUUGAAAAAGCACUGGGUGGGUGAAAAUUAUACGAAAUGCGGAAGUCUUGGAAACGACAUCACGAGAACAAAUGUUUCAAACAUUCGUUUGGCUUUUCGGCAUGAUACAUUAAUGAGCGAAUGGAAAUACCUUCGUAAUGUUUUAUACAUUGACAAAUUAUGUGACAAUAUCCUUUCUAAAACCGAUACGAUCCUCAAAAAUUUCGUUUCAUCACCAGUCGAAUAGUAUUACAAUAUAACGUUCGCGACAAAUUAACGAUCUACAAUAAUGACUUAAACCGCAGUACAUUACUGACUAAUAAGUUGUAUGCUGCGCUGCUUUGUUUAAGCUCUACUAAAACUCUUUGAGGAUAAAAAUGAAACUCUUCGUACUAAAUUGUUUUUGCUUUUUUAUAUUCAUUAGUAAAUCAUGUUUUUUUUAAUCCUUUUCGUUACAUUACUUACUUAUUCAAUACAAGAUAUACUUUAGAGUGAAUAAAAGAAAAGCUAUUUGCUCAGCGUUUUACAUGAUUAUUAUUUUCUCAAUUUUGUAUAAAUCAACGGCAAUAGCCUUUAUAUCACAGA